AUGCAUCAAGGCUCUGUACUAUCACCAUUGAUAUUUGCAGUUGUCAUUGAUGUAGUUACAGAGAGUGCAAGAGAAGGGCUGAUGAGAGAGAUGUUGUAUGCUGAUGACUUGGUCUUGAUGGAUGACACAAUGGAGGGAUUGAGGGAGAAGUUUGUGAAAUGGAAAAAAGCAUUUGAGAGUAAGGGUUUGAAGGUAAAUCUGGGAAAGACAAAAGUGAUGGUGAGUGGGACAAAGGAGAAAGCUUUGGUGAGUAAGGUUGACCCAUGUGGCAUGUGUGGAAAGAGGGUAAAGGUAAAUUCAGUGCGGUGUGUGAAAUGUGGGAAGUGGAUACAUGGGAGAUGUGCAAAGAUAAAGAGGGUGACCCAAAGAUUGGCAAGGGAUUUUGCGUGUGGAAGAUGUAAGAAUGGAGCUGGAAGGGUGGUGGAACAGGAAGAAAAGUUGUGUGAUGAGAUUGAGACAGUGAAGGAGUUUACAUACCUGGGGGACAAGGUAAGUGUGGGUGGUGGGUGUGAGGCGACUGUGACAGCUAGAGCAAGGUUUGCUUGGGUGAAGUUUAGGGAAUGUGGAGAGUUACUAUAUGGGAAGAGAUUUCCCUUGGAGAUGAAAGGAAUAGUUUAUAAGAGUUGUGUGAGAUCAGCAUUGCUGUAUGGGAGCGAGACAUGGUGUUUGAGUGAAAAUGAGUUGGGUACUUUAAGGAGAACAGAGAGAGCUAUGGUGAGAGUGAUGUGUGGGGUGAAGUUGAUGGACAGAAAGAAAACUGAGGACUUGAUGCAGAUGUUGGGUUUGAAGGAAGCGGUAGAUCGGUUGGCGAAGGCAAAUGGGGUACGUUGGUACGGGCAUGUGCUGAGGAGGGAGGAUGGGCAUGUAUUAAGAAGGGCCCUUGAUUUAGAGGUGAGCGGUCCAAGGAAAAGGGGAAGGCCAAAGAAGACGUGGAAGAUGCAAGUAGAGGAGGAGAGUGGGAAGGUUGGGAUGAGGAUGAGGGAUGCUUUAAAUCGUGCAAAGUGGAGGGAGGGG